GCGAGACCCGGGGCGGGGCGGGAGGCGGCGGGCAGCGCGGAGCCGGGAGCGGCCAUGGGGAAGGUGCUGGCGGCGGCUCUCGUCGGGAUCGCGGCGGCGCUGGCGGCGGAGCGGCUGCUGGCGUUCCGGAGCAGACUCAAUGCUACACGAGAAGUUGACCCCGUAGCCCUCCCGAAUUGCCGGCUCAUCAAAGGGAUUGAAACUGGUUCAGAAGACAUUGACAUCCUUCCUAAUGGACUGGCUUUCAUCAGCUCCGGUCUGAAAUACCCAGGAUUGAAGAGCUUUGCACCGGACAAGCCAGGUGAAAUUUUUUUGAUUGAUUUGAAUGAAAAAAAGCCCAAAGCAUCUGAACUGAGAAUCAGCCGCGGGUUUGAUUUGGGGUCAUUUAACCCUCAUGGGAUCAGCACUUACAUAGACAAAGAUGACACCGUGUACCUCUUCGUUGUGAAUCACCCACAUCAAAAGAGCACAGUAGAAUUGUUCAAAUUUAUGGAAGAUGACAAUUCUCUCGUACAUCUGAAAACCAUUCGACACGACCUUCUGACGAGUGUGAAUGAUGUAGUGGCUGUGGGGCCUGACAGCUUCUACGCUACCAAUGAUCACUACUUCACUGACUUCAUCUUGAUGUUCUUGGAAAUGUACUUGGGUUUAACUUGGUCAAAUGUGGUUUACUACAGUCCAAAAGAAGUGAAAGAAGUAGCAGCUGGGUUUUAUUCAGCCAAUGGCAUUAACAUUUCACCCGACAAAAAGUACAUCUAUAUUGCAGAUAUAUUUGAUCAUAGCGUCCAUGUUAUGGAAAAGCACGCUGACUGGAAUUUAACCCACGUGAAGACGCUGCAGCUGGACACUCUUGCCGAUAACUUGUCUGUCGAUCCUGACACUGGAGAUAUCUGGACAGGAUGUCACCCUAAUGGGAUGAAGCUAUUGUACGACGACCCAAAUAACCCUCCUGCCUCUGAGGUCCUACGCAUCCAGAACAUCCUGGCGGAGCAGCCCACGGUGACGCGCGUCUAUGCUGAGAAUGGCACCGUGCUGCAGGGGACCUCGGUGGCAACAGUCUACAAUGGGAAACUGCUCAUCGGCACUGUCUUCCACAGAGCCCUGUACUGCGAGCUAUAGCCGCCCUGACUGUAAAUGAGAUCUGCCCGAGGCCCAAGAGCAACACAUUGGCCACCAGCUGGGAUCAGAACAACGUAGAAGGAAGGAGAGGACAAGAGCCGUGCAUACAAUUUAUUACUUCCUCUGGAGUGACCAACGACCGGGCAGGAAAGUGAGGACUCGAUACAAAUUCUAAUAAAGAUUCAGGAUUUCUCAUUUUAUUGCAUUCGUUGUCUAACAACAAUAAUACUCAUUGGCAAGAAAUUUAUUUACACUAACAAAUUAACUUCAAACCACGAGGCUUUGUUGUUCAUAUUUAAACUGUAAGAAAACAAAGGGCCACCAUCAUGUUUUGUUUUGAUGUCUCCGAAUAACUAAACAUUAAAGAAAAUCACCUGGGGGAAAACUCAA